UUCCCCCUCAGGAAUCCGGCUCCGGUUUCCCCUCAGGGGUCUCGCUCUCCGGUCCCACCGUGAGCCCCGCCAUGGUUUCUCCUCAAGGGUCUCUCACUGAGGUUCCCGCUCCGGUUCCCCCUUCAAAGCUCCCGCUCCGUUUUUCCCCUCUGGGCUCCCGCCAUGGUUUCCCCUCACGGUUCCCGCUCCGAGCCCCGCCGUACCCCGGCGGCCGCCGCGGUCCCGCCCCCGCUGUCUCUCUAUGGUGCGGCGCGGCCGCUCUGCCCCGCUCGGAGGCCGCUCUCGGGCCGGGCCGGGCUCGCCCCGGCGGCUGCGCGCGCAGCCCGCGCUCCUGGCGCCGCGCGCCCGCUCCGCCAUCGCCGCGGGGUCCCGGCCCCGGGCCCAACCGGGCCGGCAGCACCGAGCGGCUCCGGUAACAACCAACGGCCCAAGCGGGCCGGCAAGCCCGGGCCGCAGCGGCCCCGUCCCGCCGGGCCGGCGCAUGGAGAAGCCCGGCAGGAUGGACUGUCCCGCGCUGCCUCCCGGCUGGAAGAAGGAAGAGGUGAUCCGCAAGUCGGGCCUGAGCGCCGGCAAGAGCGAUGUCUAUUACUUCAGCCCCAGCGGGAAGAAAUUCCGCAGCAAGCCGCAGCUGCGCUACCUGGGCAAUUCUGUCGACCUGAGCUCCUUCUGA